GACACUAGAAAAGUUAAGAGUUGUUUACUGGAUCCGCAAGACAAUGAAGCUGCUAUCUAUGUUCUUGCUCCUUCUGUUUGUGGGUCGCUCCCUCUCUCAAAUUUUGUCUCCUGAUGUCUGCAACGGGAGACAAGCCGACCCCUCUCCUACAUGUGUGAACAGUGUCUUCCAGUGCCAACGGUACUAUCCCACUUCCUUCUAUCCCAACAACAUUACUGCCAGCCAGGAAGAGGCAACUAAUGGCAUUCAGUUCUACAACGCACUGGUCAGCCUACGAUGUUCAGAACUCUCUGAGCUACUGGUGUGUCUGGCCUUAUCUCCAGAGUGUACUGACAGUGGCCAUCGAAUGCCUUGUGUCGAUUUGUGCAAUGCAGUUGAAGGUGCCUGCCAAGAUGACUUACAAAUAACCGGUCUUAACAACAACGAUGUAGGAUGCUUACUCAAUUGUGGCCGGUAUCCCACCACUAAUUGUGUUGGGCUGGAUGAUUCGUUAGUAACUGAAAUUGUUGGCUACACUGUACCACCAACACCUCCACAGAUUACUGAUCCACUCACCACUCUCUCAAUUAAUCGUGGAAAUUUUUCCGAAUGUCCUGCUGAGAAGUUCUUUACCGAUUCAGCAAAAAACUUUGCCCUCGGUUGGUUAGUAUUUUGGUCUCUUGUUUGUUUUCUCUCCACCACUCUCACCUUGGCAACCUUCCUUAUUGACACUUCGCGAUUUCCGUACCCAUGGAGACCUGUUGUCUAUCUUGCACUCUGCUUUAAUCUCCACUCUCUCACACACUUCCUGUCAAUGAUAAUCGGACGCAACACUGUCACUUGCCCUGGAGGGGAGUUUGUACAAACCUCUAUCACCUGGACCUGGGGCCACACUCCAUGCAUUCUUGUGUUUGGACUCCUUUAUUUCACGAUGAUGGCAGCGUUCCUCUGGUGGCUUAUCCUCUCCUUCAGCUGGUUCCUUGCGUCUGCCGUCUCUUGGAGUAGCGAAGCUGUAGCCCAUUUGGCUCCAUUCUACCACGUAAUAGCCUGGGUACUGCCACUACUAUUGACUAUAGUGCUAGUGGCUACAAGGGUCGUGGGUGCGGACGAACUCACUGGAAUUUGCUUUAUCGUAAGAGACGCUAGUAACAUGUCCUUCCUGGCUCUAUUGCUGGGCGUGAUUGUCCCUCUCGUGGUUUGCCUACUAACUGGAAGUGUGUUCUUGACUAUCGGGUUUAUUAGUAUCCUAAAGAUACGGACUGUAAUGAAAAGUAAGGGCAAGUCUGCUGAGAGUUCCAUUCUAGAAAAACUGGUCGUGAGAAUUGGAGUAUUUGUUGUCGUUUUCAUCCUUCCUGCCUGUAUUGUGAUUGGCUGUUUUGUGUACGAGCUUGUUUCACAACCUUACUGGACUCCCAUAGACGAGACAUGUACUGACUGUGUGAGAGCAAACCCUGCCGUGUUUAUGGUCCGAUUUUUGAUGUUCCUAAUGACCGGAAUUCUCACCGGAGUGUGGAUAUGGUCGAAAAAAACUGUCAGCUCAUGGAAAAUGUGUCCUCAGAAAUUCAUAGCUUGUUGCAAGAUGCCCCAAGACGAAGAAACACCAAAUGCAAUAAAUGCCUAUACGAACGAAGGCAACGUCUAUUGUGGUGGGGAUAUGUCUGGUGUGGAUACAUACCUAGGGGAAGAAAUCGACAAACUAUAAACUAAAGAAUCAACUAGCAAUCACUGCACAAUUUAACUUAUUUUCCCACUACAUGUCCAUUGCAAUAACUGUGUACUAUAACUAUGCUCUAAUGUCAA